AUGGACAUUAAGUUUUGCAAGACCAACCUCCUCAUUGAACACAAGAAGUUGGAUUGGAGGUUCCAAUUCAAGAUCACACAUCCAUUGGCUGGCCCUUCCAAGCUUCUUUUGCCCAACCCUGAGCUCACCACGGUUCUAGGAGCUAGCAACAUUGACUUCAGCCCUCCCCUUCACACAUUAGUAUGGCAUGAAGAGGAUUUGCGAGAAGAGGAACCUGAACUCGAUCGAGCUGAGGAUCGAGUUGAGGACCACGCUCAAGUGAAUGCGGAUUUGGGUGAGCAUGAGUGCUAUUAUUUUGUGGAGUAUGAGGCUCCAAGGAUGAACCCCUCUGUUGUGGCUGCCCACAAGAGAAUUGGACUUCUCCAAAGGUUCAACAAGUGGCAAGGGAAAGCCAUGGACAAGAUGCAAAAGUCCAUUGAUAAGAUGGUGAGCAAGAUCAAGAGUUUGGAGAAGAAGGUCUCUGGUUCUUCAUCCAAGAAGAAGAAGGCAACCAUGGCCCCUACUUUCCCUAGAAGUAGAUCACUCCUCACCACCCCAAGGAGACUCCCUGCCUAA